GAAAUUAGUACCCAAGAAAAGCUUGAACUUGAAGAGUUGAAAGAAAAAGUGAGGAAAAUGCUAGUUGAAACACCAGAUAAUAGUACACAAAAACUUGUCUUGAUCGACGCAAUCCAGCGAUUGGGAGUGGCAUAUCAUUUCAAAAAUGAGAUCAAGACGUCCAUUCAGAACAUUUUUGAUGAGUCCGAAGAGAGUAACAAAGAUGAUGAUCUUUACGUUGUUGCUCUUCGUUUUCGACUAGUGAGACAACAAAGACAUUACAUGUCUUCUGAUGUGUUCGAAAAAUUCACCAAUCAUGAUGGAAAGUUCAAGGAAACUCUUACUAAAGAUGUUCAAGGAUUAUUAAGUUUAUAUGAAGCAGCACAACUACGAGUACACGGGGAAGAGAUUCUUGAAGAAGCUCUAUCGUUUACUAUCACUCAUCUCGAGUCCAUGAUCCCUAUAUUGAGCAACUUACUCAAGGACCAAGUUCGCGAAGCCUUAAGCGAGUCCAUUCAUACAAAUCUUCCAAGGAUGACAGCAAGAAAAUACAUAUGUAUUUAUGAGAACAUUAAUUCUCAUAAUAAGUUGCUUUUGAGAUUUGCAAAAUUGGAUUUUAACAUUGUGCAAAAGGUGCACCAAAAAGAGCUUGGGGAGCUUACAAGGUGGUGGAAAGAUCUGGAUUUUUCUGAGAAAUUUUCAUAUGCAAGAGAUAGAUUGGUGGAGUGUCACUUUUAUAGCGUAGGAGUAUACUUUGAGCCUAAAUAUAGUCGUGCAAGAGAAUUGUUGACAAAAGUACUCACCAUAUACACUAUUAUCGAUGACACCUAUGAUGCUUAUGCAACUUAUGACGAACUUGUGCCUUUCACUGAUGCAAUUGAUAGGUCAGGAUGCGACAUUAGUGCCAUGGAUUCAGUACCCCAUAGUUUGAGACAUACUUAUCAAGCCCUCGUAGACAUUAAUACUCAAAUUGAAGAAAGAUUGACCAAAGAAGGUACAUUGGACCAUCUCUACUAUGUAAAAUAUGAGAUGAAAAAGUUGGCUAGAGCUUUUUUCAAGGAAGCACAAUGGUUAAAUGCUGGCCAUAUUCCUAAAUGUGAGGAGUAUAUGAAGAAUGCAAAUGUAACUACUACAUGUAUGAUGGUUGCAACAACUUCCUUGAGUUUUAUGGAGGAACCUAUAGCCAAAGAGACUUUUGAAUGGUUGAUAAAUGAGCCUUUGAUUCUUCGAGCUUCAUCAGCAAUCAACAGAUUAAAGGGCGAUAUUAUUGGACAUGAUCUCGAACAACAAAGAAAGCAUAUAGCUUCAUUCAUCGAAUGCUACAUGAAAGAAUAUGGAGCUUCAAGGCAAGAGGCAAAUGCAGAGGUCGAGAAGAACCUCACUAAUGCGUGGAAGGACAUGAACACGGAAUUUCUCCAUUCUACUCAUGAAAUACCAAUGUUUGUCCUCGAACUAGUCAUAAAUAUUGCGCGCUCGGCAUAUAUUUUCAAAGAAAAUGAUUUUGCAACUGCCCAAAGGGAAUUUAAAGACAAGAUUACCUUGUUGUUUGUUGACCCUGUCAAUGUUUGAGGAUGAUCAAGUGUUUAAUUUGGAAUUACAUGUGUGUACUUUUAGUACUGAUCAGUGAAUCAAUGAUGGAGAAUGUGUUUGUUGAUUUGUGGUGAUGUUUGACAAUAAAUUGUCUUUAAUUAUCUAGGAA